AUGUCAACGGGCUCUGAUUUGGUCCCAGAGUUCAUGGAUGCUGGCUUUGGUAAUGAUAUUGAGCCUUUGCUCAGGAACCACACAUCAACUGUUGAGGCUUCAUCGACCCCAUCGACAGCAUCUCUCUGGGACGAAACGUACCAUAUCCAAGCUAGCCGCAUUCGCUCAAUCAACUUGGUCAUGUCCACAGAGCCAGGUAAGUUAGCGCUAGCGUCGCCUCACCCCAAUGCUGAAGGCUUCAUUCUACUCGAACAGGAGCGCAACGAUUCUGGCUUCGAAGAUUUUGGCGUUGACGGCUCCGAUACAGACAAACUUGACACGGCUGAAGAAUCGUCUGACCCACCUAGCCCCUCAGACAUAACAAUAACCGGUCUCCGACAGGAUCAAGAGCUUGUAGGCAACACUUGGACCUUGGCAUACAUGAAACCCAGCCAGGAGAGGUACUGA